AUGCAAUUGGCCUUUCUAGAUUUUGAAGCCGUUUCGACUAUCCUCAUCGAGAAGACCUUCUCAACGCGCUCCGCGCCGAUUGAGUACCAGGAAAGUUCGUUCGCUUGCUUGAUGCAACGAACAACUGCUGCAGUUCGAACACCAGCCGGAUGUACAACACCGUUCGAGGAAGUAACUGGAGUAAGAAAAGGAGCAGUGGCAGGACCCUUCCUGUUCAAUUUCGCCAUCGACGACAUUAUGCGAAGAACAGUCGGCCGGUGUCCUGCCGACAUUGUCUUAGCACCAUCAUGCUGCCGCUUGACUGAUCUCGAGUACGCCGACGAUGCUGUUAUAUUCGCGGAAAGCAGUUCAAAACUUCAACAUGUUGUCAAUCUCUUAUCGAAGCUGGCUGCAGCAUAUGGACUACGUCUAGGCCCUGAUAAAUGCAAGCAGAUGUAG